AUGGCCGUCAACGCAGUUCCCCAAGACCGAGAUCUCCUCAAGCCAUACUUCUCUUCGAACGACGCCCACAAAGACCCACCACACCUCCAGGCCACGAUCAAAGCCCUCGGACUGAUCUCACACCCCGAAGGAGGCUAUUUCGUGGAAACCGACCGAGACCCUCUCAUCAUCCCCAACCCCCUCCCGAAAUCCUCUUCUCCUUCUUCUCAAGCAGACUCGACUCGAAAUGCCAGCACGACAAUUCACUACCUCCUGACACCUUCCUCUCCCUUGGGAACUUGGCACCGCAAUAAAGCUCGAAUCAUCCAUACGCUUCACCGAGGUCGUGGAAGGUAUGCGAUCAUUCAUGCGGAUGAGGAGAAACGCUGGGUCAAGAAGGCGAGGAUCGAAGUGUUUACUGUUGGACAGGAUGUUGUGAAGGGAGAGAAGUUGCAGUGGAUCGUGGAGGGAGGCAAGUAUAAGACUAGUUUUCUUUUGCCGGAUGAUGAGGAGGGUGGGAGUGAGGGAUUGCUGAUCAGUGAGACUGUGGUGCCUGGGUUCGAAUACACUGAUCAUGACUUCAUGACACGAGAGCGGCUUCAAGCUCUGGUCACUCAGGACGAGGCCAAGCUGUUGGACUGGAUGCUCAAGAAGGGAUGA